GACACAAAUGAGAACGAUAGACACACGUGUUCACUCUACAAUAAUUUCCGUAAACCUAACGCACAACAAUGUUUUUAACUACAUUUCGAAUCAUGAUUUUGUGUUAGUAAGAUGAAGGUUAUUUCCGUAUUUCUUCAGUGUAUACAACCAACAUAUUAUGUAUCUGCGUUAUUAAUUCUUAUUGUAUCUUUGUGUUACACUGUACUCCGCUGGAGAAGACCGCACGAUCUUCCUCCUGGUCCCAAAUUUUAUCCUAUCAUUGGAAACAUGCGUACUGUCGGACAUAAGACGUUAGUUGGUGCAUUUCGGGAUUGGAGAAAAGAAUUUGGAGAUAUUUUCAGUUUGUCACUCGGAACUAAAUGGGUAAUUGUUAUUUGUGGACUAGACAAUUUGAAAGAGGCGUUUGUCGAGAGAGAUGCUGUUUUUUCCGAUCGUCCCGAUUUGUUUGUAAACAGAUAUAUAAACGAAAGAAGAGGUAUAAUUGGAUCAGAUGGUGAAAAAUGGAAAGAACUAAAAAGAUUUACCCUUCGGGCAUUGCGGGAAUUUGGGUUUGGAAAAAAGUCGCUCGAAGAAAACAUUCAAGAGGAGGUUAAAUUUUUUCUAGAUUUCAUUGACGAAACGAACGGAGACAAUUUUAGUUUGGAUGAAACGGUGAAUGUAAGCAUUUCUAAUAUAAUCUGUUCAAUAGUCUUUGGAAAAAGGUAUGACUAUCACGACCGGACGUUUGUAAAAUUAAUGACAAUACUGGAUGAUUACAUUAGCAAUUCUACUCUCACAACAACACUAAAUUUUAUUCCGAUCCUACGACACAUGCCAGGGGACAUCUUCUCUGCAAAGAAAGUGUUGUCCAAUCAAAAGGAAAUAGAGGAUUUUAUACAAGCAAGAAUUAAUGAACACAAGAUCUGUUUUGAGAGUAGCAAUAUAACAGACUUCAUAGAUGCCUGUCUCAGAGAAAUGGAAACUGGUAAUGGAACUAUUAUAACUGAGACUGAAAUACGAAAGAUAAUCCGAGAUUUAUUCAUAGCAGGGACACAAACAACUGCGACGUGUAUUAAAUGGUUUAUUUUGUAUAUGAUACAUUACCCAAACAUCCAAGAGAAAAUGUGGAGAGAAAUAGAAAGUGUCACAAGUUCCAAUCGUCUUCUUUCUUUAAAUGACAGACCAAAAUUGCAAUAUUGCCAAGCAGUUGUAGAUGAAACUCUUCGAAUUAGUAAUACAGCCCCUCUGUCAGUUCUUCAUGGUGCUUUACAUGAUAUUUUGUUCAAAGGUUUUAGAAUUCCGAAAGGGUCAGUAAUUGUUCCAAAUUUAGAUUCUGUAUUAAUGGAUGAACAGGUAUUUUCGUAUCCUGAAAAGUUUAACCCAGAAAGAUUUUUGGAUGAAAAUGGUCUGCUGUAUGGAACUGAAAAGAAUGUUGCUUUUUCUGUUGGAAGACGAGCAUGUAUGGGAGAAUCUCUUGCACGAAUGGAACUAUUCCUGUAUUUCACAGCGUUGGUACAAAGAUUUAAAUUUUUGCCGGUGUGUGGAGAGGACCCACCGAAAAUUAAAAGAAUUCUCGGACUGCAGUUUAUUCCUGCACCUUUUAUGCUAAGAGUAGUUCGUAGGUGUUGAAUUUUUCCAGUCAGCGUUCAUAUUUCUAUUGCAUAUUUAACAGAACCCUUUGUAGACGACAUGUUUUUGCAAUAAAGAUUUUUUUUUUUUUUA